AUGGAGGGGGAGGACGUCAACCGGACGCUGGAGGGCGGGAGGAAGCCUCUGCACUAUGCCGCUGACUGCGGGCAGCUGGAGAUCCUAGAAUUCCUGCUGCUGAAAGGCGCCGACAUCAACGCUCCAGAUAAGCAUCAUAUCACUCCUCUUCUGUCUGCCGUCUACGAGGGCCACAUUUCCUGUGUGAAACUGCUCCUGUCAAAGGGCGCUGACAAGACUGUGAAGGGCCCCGACGGGCUCACAGCCCUCGAAGCCACUGACAACCAGGCCAUCCGGGCGCUGCUGCAGUGACGGGCCUGGACUGGCGGUCCUGAAGGACAAGGACGACCCUGUGGCCUCACACUGCUCCUGUCUGUCUGUCACUCUCUCUCUGCCAGCUCCAGCUUCUUCACUAAACACUCUCCACAGGGGGAGGAAGAAGGACAUUCCAAACCAGUCAGCCUCCCGGGGGAACCAAAGGGCCUGCGGCGGCAGGCGGGGCCCUGACCAGGAUUCCUGAUCCAGCCUGCCCCUUCUGUCUCCUCUAAUGCCCCCAGCCAGCCCCCAGGGGAGCAAAGACAAGCUAGGCCACUCACCCGGGACCCUCCUGGCUCCCUGGCUCACAGUGGUAGGGGUCUACGCCCUGUGCAAAUAGGCAUGGCUUUGGGGGGGUAAACCUUGGGUGCUGGGAUUGCAACCCACUCUAGCCUUCUGCCUUAAGGGUGCACACCACUGGGGACCGCCAGCGCAGUGGUGACCAGGCCUCCCCCCCAGGACUGUAGGCUCAGUCAGGUGAGGAGGGCCCCCACCCUCCUACCCCCAACCUGGCUGAAGACUGCUUCAGAUCACUUCCUCCUCCCCCUCCCCCAGGAUCAUGCGUGUCCUUAGGUCCAGCCGACUCUGGUCACUUAUCAAAGCCGUCCAUGUCCGCAGUCUGCAGGGAAACCAUUCCAGGCUGGGGAGCUCGCUGUCCAGGCACAGGCGUUGGGGUAACCCUGACAGCCCUUCAGACUGCUGCUGGCAGUAAAGGGUCUUCAGAAAGAGCCGCAGACAUAGCUUCUUGGUGUCACACAGGAAGGGAGCCGUUGUCUGAGUGCCCGUGGGCCCUGCAUUUGCUCUGAGGGGCCGAGCUCACUGGGUGUGGUGGCUCUCAGAGCCGGCUUGGAUGCUGAACACGCUGUGCACCAAAGCUAUCACUGGGCUCAGCCUGACCGCUGGGACACAUUGGACCCCACCCUAAAAUGAUGCCUCUUAACCAGGUCUCCCUGCCUGGUUGCGGGGCUCCCCGGAGCAUCUGCCAACCCACCUGCAUACUGUGUUCUUGUUUCUUUUAAAAAGCAUGUACUGCAGACAGUGUGACACCUUCCCGUUGUAUUCUCUUAAGAAUACAGUGCCCUAAAGUGGUGUUCUUGCAGAAAUUCCUGGGACACUUCUCCGCAUCUUCCUCCCACAAGCUGCAGAGCCCAUGACGACAUGCCCGAUGCUUUCCCCGCCCCUGCCGGAGCCUCCUGAGGCCAGCAGGGGGGUGCCUAGCCAGUCGUCAUGCAAUAAUUGAAUGUACCUCAAAUUUUUAAGGGGGU